ACCUUAAAACAUUUCCAAAACAACAUUAUUUAUCCGUGGAAAAGAUGACAAAAAUAUGAACACCAAAAAAAGGAACAACGUGUCGAAAAAAUGGUGGCUUUACAUAAUUGUACUUUUGAGGGGAAAGUACAAUAAUAUAAUUAUGGGAUGUGGGUGUAUGGGAUCUCUUGGUGGGAACUACACAGUGAAUAAUUGCCCCUCCAAAAAGUCUCCCACUUCCAAAAAUUGCAUGCUUUCUUAUAUGGCUUCAGAUUUAGAGAGAGAAAGUGAUAGAGAGAGGAAAAAAGUUACUGUAAACAAAAAAAAAAACCUCCAUUAUUUGUCUCUUCAAUUAUUCAGUUCCCACCACACACACACAUGGAUAUGCAAUACAUACACUAAUCUGUAUCUAUAUCCAUAUUUUUUUUACCAAUAAUAAUACUUGCCCUUUUGUCAUCAUUCACUAAUAUAACAGAAGGGGGGAGAAAAAAGCCAACGACAAAAAAGAUCUACAUAACAGAGAGAGAGAUUGAGAGAGAGAGAGAAGAGAGAGAGAGAGAGAGAGAGAGAGACUAUCAACUGAUACGAUUUUGGUGUAUUUUGUUGGGUUGAAAACCAUCAUCAUUGUCCAUAUGUACAGCUUUACUUACUUCAAAUAAGUCUUGGCCCUGUCUUUUCUCUCUCUUCUCUCUCUCUCUAUAACCACACAGUCACGGUGUAGUUCUCUGUGUGUGUGUGUGUUUUUUUUUCUCCCUCAAUUAGUGACGAAUCUUCGAUUUAUUUACAGUGAGAGAGGCUUUUGGCAUCUGGGUUUGUGUAGAAUAGUUCAAGAAAGCGACUUCUGGCUUUUUUUUUUUUUUUUUUAUAAAAAGACUCGAUUUUUAGGCUUCAAUUUGUGGGGUUUUUUUCAUCUGGGCUGUUUGGAAUUGUGGAUAAAAGAAGAUGACUGUGGAGAAAACUAGGGGCGGCGACGAAAAUUGCGACAAUUUUCCAGUGGGUCUGCGUGUUCUUGCUGUUGACGACGACCCCAUUUGCUUGAAAUUGCUCGAUACCUUGCUUAGGAAAUGCCAGUAUCACGUUACUACAACCAGUCAGGCAAGAAUGGCUUUGAAGAUGUUACGGGAAAACAGAGACAGGUUCGACGUAGUCAUAAGCGAUGUCCAUAUGCCCGACAUGGAUGGUUUCAAGCUUCUCGAACUCGUCGGUCUCGAAAUGGAUCUACCCGUUAUUAUGUUGUCAGCAAAUGGCGACCCGAAACUCGUGAUGAAAGGGAUUACUCACGGUGCUUGUGAUUAUCUGCUCAAACCCGUUCGAAUCGAGGAGCUGAAGAAUAUAUGGCAACACGUACUCAGAAGAAAAAAAUUCGAACCCAAAAACCAGAAUAAUAAAUCGAGCGAUCAGAAUGCAAACGCGGACCAAAAUGGAGAUCAGAAUGGGAAAUUCAGCAGAAAGAGGAAAGAAGAUGAAGACGUGAGUGAAGAUAAUGGGAACGAAAGUGACGACCCUUCGUCGCAGAAAAAGCCACGUGUCGUUUGGUCUAUCGAGCUUCAUCGGAAGUUUGUUGGAGCUGUGAACCAAUUGGGAAUCGAAAAGGCUGUGCCAAAACGGAUUCUUGACCUGAUGAAUGUCGAAGGGCUGACACGGGAAAACGUGGCGAGCCAUCUCCAGAAGUAUAGGCUAUACCUGAGGAGAAUUAGUUCAGUUGCAAAUCAGCAAGCAAACAUGGCAUCUGCACUCGGAAUUAAAGAUUCACCUUUCAUGCGCAUGGGUCCGUUCGAAGAUUAUCGAACUUUAUCCGCACAAGGAAGACUCACGCCAAACGCACCCUUAUCACAUUACACAACAAACGGAACCAUGCUCGGUCGGCUAAACACCCCUGCUAAUAAUAUAAACCUCCAUAAUCUUAUAACCCCAUCAACCCUAAUCCAACCAAAUCACGCCCAAAUCUCGAAAAUCUCACCCUCGACACAAAACCCUAGUUUAUUUCAAGGAAUUCCAUCUCCAUUAGAGCUCGAUCAGUUACAGCAGAAUCUCGUGAGCUUCAACGGCGUAGGAGGGUUCGGGAAUAUUCCAUCUUACAACUCGGAAUCUUUCGAUGCUUGUGUUAAUAAUAAUAACGGUUCUGCCAUGCAGCAGAAUUUGUUGCUUUCCACCGAGCCAACUUUUCACAAUAGCUCGAGGCAUAAUGGUUUUUCGGGGGGUGCGUAUUUACAGAACAACCCUUGUGAUAUUAUUUCUCCGACCACCAUGGCUGCUUUACCUAUGGAGGAUUGUAGAGAAAUGCAGAAUUAUGGGCACGGUUCGAAAAGUACUUUUGGAAUGCCGAACGGUUUGAUUAACCCUUCGAACGGUGCGGUGUUGUCUCCCUUGAGACAGGAUUUGGACCAGGGUGGUGGAGUUUUUAACGAGAAGAUGCAAAUGUUUGUGAAUGGCAGAUUGGCAACGGAAUCGAGAGGAAUGGGUGGUAAUGACGGUUUUGCCCUUUUGGAGCAGCCGAAGAUGCAUGGGGGGUUUUUUCUCGGACCAGGUGGCUGGAUGAUAUGAUGAAUGCUAUGAUCAAACGGGAACAAGAUGAAGGGGUACAAAAUGGCAGCUUUGGAUUGGAUGAUUAUUCGUUCGGACCGUGUUUAUGAGGCUCCGUUUGUCACUCUUUAUCAUGGCUAGCUGCAGGAGAUUAAAGAAAGGAGAAAAAUGUAAUUUCUCAAUUAGGAGUUUGUGUCUAUAUGUUUCAUUUGUGUUUAUCUUUUUAUUUGAAGAAGAAUCUUUUUAGAGUAAAUUCAUGUUCAUGUUUAAUUUUUAAAUAUGGGGCUGCAAUUGAGAAUAGCAUUUUAGAGUUGCAGUUGGUGUUAAUUGUCAGGAGGAGAAACUCUCUCAACUCCUUCUUACUGAGAUAAAUAAGGGGUUUGCUAUUAUCAGUCUGGUUUUUAUCACUCGCAAUGCAAAAUAAUUCUUUUUUUU